GCCCCCUCCCGGUGUGCGGAGCCGGAUUGUCACUCUGCUCCCUCGCCGCGCCGGGGGCGACGGAGGCGCCGGCGCCCGAGCGGAGUCCCAGCCAGCUACGGUCCCCUGGACCUCACAGGCGGACCUUGGGUUCUCCAGGCAUCCCCGGAGCCAGCGGCUGCCGAAGGCGUCAAGGUGUGGGGGCACUGGGACAGAGCAGCUCAGGUGGCUGGGAGCUCUGCCAGCUCUGGUGACCUUGGGUGCCAGCCGCGCGCCCCUUGGCGCCUGUCUGCUGAUGUGCCCAGCCUGUGCCCGCCAUGCCGCCCUCCAUCUCGGCCUUCCAGGCCGCCUACAUCAGCAUCGAGGUGCUCAUCGCCCUGGUCUCCGUGCCUGGGAACGUGCUGGUGAUCUGGGCGGUGAAGGUGAACCAGGCACUGCGGGAUGCCACCUUCUGCUUCAUCGUGUCACUGGCGGUGGCUGAUGUGGCAGUGGGUGCCCUAGUCAUCCCACUUGCCAUCCUCAUCAACAUUGGGCCGCAGACCUACUUCCACACCUGCCUCAUGGUCGCCUGCCCAGUCCUCAUCCUCACCCAGAGCUCCAUCCUGGCCCUGCUGGCCAUUGCCGUGGACCGCUACCUCCGCGUCAAGAUCCCUCUCCGGUACAAGACGGUGGUGACCCCGCGGAGGGCGGCGGUGGCCAUCGCCGGCUGCUGGAUCCUCUCCUUCGUGGUGGGGCUCACCCCCAUGUUCGGCUGGAACAACCUGAGCGAGGUGCAGCGCGCCUGGGCGGCCAACGGCAGCGUGGGCGAGCCCGAGGUCAAGUGCGAGUUCGAGAAGGUCAUCAGCAUGGAGUACAUGGUCUACUUCAACUUCUUCGUCUGGGUGCUGCCGCCGCUGCUGCUCAUGGUCCUCAUCUACCUGGAAGUCUUCUACCUGAUCCGCAAGCAGCUCAGCAAGAAGGUGUCGGGCUCCUCCGGCGACCCGCAGAAGUACUAUGGGAAGGAGCUGAAGAUCGCCAAGUCGCUGGCCCUCAUCCUCUUCCUCUUCGCCCUCAGCUGGCUGCCCCUGCACAUCCUGAACUGCAUCACCCUCUUCUGCCCCUCGUGCCACAAGCCCAGCAUCCUCACCUACGUCGCCAUCUUCCUCACGCACGGCAACUCGGCCAUGAACCCCAUCGUCUACGCCUUCCGCAUCCAGAAGUUCCGGGUCACCUUCCUCAAGAUUUGGAACGACCACUUCCGCUGCCAGCCCGCGCCCCCCGUGGACGAGGGUCUCCCGGAAGAGCGGCCGGAUGACUAGACUCUGCCCUCGGCCGCCCCGGCCCCGCCGCCCGCCGUCCCGCUGCGGCCGGGGAGGCCCGGAGAGCCGUGCCCGGGGCCGGGGCCUCCGCACAGGGGCUAAGCUCCCUGCCCCGGUGGGUCCUGCGGGGGCGCAGGCGGCAGCCGUGGGGACAGAGCGGGUGCCCCGCGGUGGGAGAAGGUGUCUUGAGCCCCCAGCGGCCCGGAGCUCCCGGGCUGCGCAGGUCCCCGGGAGGCCGAGACUGGGAGAAGGUGCUCGGGCUCCUGCCGGGCGGGGAGUCUGCUUGUCUCAGGUGCUGCCCUGGGACCAAGCCGGGGGAGAGGAGGGGAUGCCCUCCGAGAUGGAGGGAGGAGGGAAGCGGGGCCUGUCCUGCCUUCUCUCCUGUUCCGUAGGCGACGGUGGCCAGAAGCAGCUAAGGGGCAGCAAUCAAGGAGCCUUAGUCCCCCCUGCCGAGGACUCUGUCCCCAGGCCAUACUGGGCGCCAGGGUGCUUGCCCUCCCUGCCCCGGGCAGCCCGGGAUCGUACUGGGAGAGGUAGGAAGGGUGAGCCCAGAAACCGUUCCUGACGUUUGCUUUACUCUCCGUCAGCCCUUGGGCCGCGGGUGGGGGCUCAGCCCCGGGAAGUGGGCGUGGCGCGGCAGGUGCUGGUCUCAGACAGCCACCAGGCGGCAGCACUGAGCCCUCCUCCUGGCCCUGAGCUUUCUGAGGAGCCUGCAGCGUAGUUACCUGUCAUCUGG